AGUCACAGAAACGACGUCGUCUCGCGCGUCACCACACCACGACCUUUCCUCUUACCGCGUAAGAAAGGAAACGAACGAACCAAUACAACGCUUCAUUCCCUCAUUCUCAAUUCAAAUCAGUUUCCUCAAAAUCGCACCGACUUUGCUUCGCAUCACAAUUCGAAAGAAACUGGUUUCGAUGGUGCGAGCUCCGGAUCCGCAGCAUCGGGAAUCGAACACGCCCUUAGUUGUACAGGGAGAGGGUUUGACAAAUGAUGGGCUUAUUCCUCAGAUAUUUUCAUCUAUGCCAGCUCUCAAUGAAGCUGCUUCUUAUCUUGCACAAACAACAUCAUACAUAACUGGAUGUUUCUCUGAUUAUUCAGUGGAACAUUCCCCCAGACAUUUUGAAGCUUCUGAAACUCAUGCACUAGAGCUUGUGGAUUUUCCUUCUGGUGACACUGAUGCAUCUUCAUCUACUGAAAUUGAGCAUAUUCCUUCAAACAGAAUCCAUUUAACCAGUGUUGAAUCAUCAAAUGCCUCAACUUCUGCACCUCCACAUAUGCAUGACGAAAUCACUAGGAGUUCUGGUUCCAGUGCACUUAUUGAAUCAAAUCGUACUGGACAAAGUCGCAUUUCCAUUUUCCAAAGCCUAAUUGAUCGUGCUCGAAGGACCGUGCGAGGAUCUGCAGAUGAUAUAGGAUGGCUUCAAUGUGAUCCUGGAAUGCCUCCGGUUGAAGAUGGAACAGAGAGGUUCCUGGAAAUUCUGGACAACAUCAAGCAUGGUGUUCACAAGUUACCAAAUUCGGUGGUUUAUUUGUUAAUUCCAGGUCUUUUCAGUAAUCAUGGUCCACUUUACUUUGUCAGUACAAAAGUCAGUUUUUCAAAAAUGGGUUUGGCCUGUCAUAUCGCGAAGAUUCAUAGUGAGGCGUCAGUUGAGAAAAAUGCCAGAGAGCUAAAAGAGUACAUUGAGGAAAUUUAUUGGGGUUCAAAUAAACGUGUUAUGCUUCUUGGACAUAGCAAAGGAGGAGUAGAUGCAGCAGCUGCUUUAUCUUUGUAUUGGUCUGAUUUGAAAGAUAAAGUUGCUGGGUUGGCAUUAGCACAAAGUCCCUAUGGUGGAACUCCUAUAGCUUCAGAUCUUCUGCGAGAAGGACAGCUUGGUGAUUAUGUAAAUUUACGGAAACUUACAGAGAUUCUCAUCUGUAAAGUAAUUAAGGGAGACAUGCGAGCCUUAGAAGACUUGACAUAUGAAAGGAGGAGAGAGUUUUUGAAAGAGCAUCAUCUGCCAAAAGAAGUCCCAAUUGUUUCCUUUCGGACUGAAGCUGGCAUUUCCCCUGCUGUUUUAGCCACAUUAUCUCACGUUGCACAUGCUGAACUACCCCUGGUUGCUCCAGCCGGUGAGUCUAGAAAACUUCCUGUGGUGAUGCCCCUUGGUGCUGCUAUGGCUGCUUGUGCACAGUUGCUGCAGGUGAGGUAUGGAGAGAAAAGUGACGGGCUUGUCACAUGCCGAGAUGCAGAAGUUCCCGGAUCCGUUGUGGUGCGACCUAAACGAAAAUUGGACCAUGCAUGGAUGGUUUAUUCAUCACUAAAUGAUGACCUUUCUGAAGGAGAUGCAUUUCAGGUCUGUGAGGCUCUCUUAACUCUACUUGUGGAAAUCGGGCAGAAAAAGAUGCAUGAGCUUGCAAUGAAAGAUGAAUGAAGCAUUCCUAAUUUCUGUUGUACCUGUACAUAUUUUUCUUUUUCUCUCGAAAACUAUAUAUUCAAUUUAUUUUUUACAGUCUAGAUAAAAAAGUUGAAGGUCAUAUGUGUAAGAAUAUACAUUCAUAUAUGUAGCUGUAGAGCGAACAUAGCUGUAGAACAACAUAUUCAAGCAAAAGUUUCGUAUGAUUUAGGUAAGAAAUUGAUGAUGCAAUGCAGUUCUUGGUCUU